GUUAGCUGGAUUUUAUAAUGGGUUGCGCACUCUUGAUCGUCCUGUGCACGGUCGGUCUAGUCAACGCGAUGGCUCUCCUGCCGAACCAACCCGCACCGGAGUUUUCAGGAAUGGCAGUAGUUAAUGGCGAAUUCAAGAAUAUCAGCCUAAAGGAUUACCGUGGAAAAUACGUCAUUUUGCUGUUCUACCCACUGGAUUUCACGUUCGUCUGCCCAACAGAGUUGAUUGCUUUCAGCGAUGCUGCUGAAGAGUUCAAGUCCAAAAACUGCGUGAUUAUAGGUUGUUCCACGGACUCUGUCUAUGCACACCUGCAAUGGACCAAGAUGGAUAGGAAGGCUGGUGGCCUGGGAAAGAUGAACAUUCCCCUUUUGUCGGAUAAGAACAUGAAGAUUUCUCGCGCAUACCAUGUGCUGGACGAGGAAGAGGGACACGCAUUUCGAGGGCAAUUCUUAAUUGACCCGAAGGGCAUUUUGCGUCAGAUAACUGUCAAUGAUCGUCCAGUUGGUCGUUCUGUUGAAGAAGCAAUCCGCUUGUUGGAAGCCUUUCAUUUCCACGAUCAACAUGGCGAUGUGUGUCCAGCGAAUUGGAAGCCGAAGGGCAAGACUAUGAAGGCAGACCCGGUCGGCGCCCAGGAGUAUUUCUCGUCCGUUAACUAGAUUCCUCCUGGACAUUCUUUAUCUUUUUCGAACAGUAAUGUACGAAACAUGUAAAAUCACUUAUUAUAUUUCUUUUGGUAACAGGUCACAGAUAUUCCAUCUAUGCAUGGGUUCUCAGGGUUGGUUGGUCUUUGUUGUGUGACAGGAAGUUGGAAAGAGCGUUUCCCGGCCUCUGUUGGUCGCCUUUGCGUUGAUGUGCAUAUACGGUUAAUUUCCUCAGCGAAGUGAUGACACGGUUGUGAUAUCCUGCGCGCGUCCGCUCC